AUGUUCGAUUUUCUUGUAAAAGUCUCUUUGGCAGUUUCUGGAGUUCUUCAACCGCCUGUUACAACACAAUUGGAUCAACAACAAUCGACUUUGAAGAAGGGAUGUCUUAGCAAACAAAAAGCAUCCAAAAAUGCAACUUCGUUUACUGCUUCCCAACAACCAAAAUUUGUUUGGGCUCCAACAAAGCCAUCAUUUGAGGAAAUUUAUGCUGAAGACAAGCAACAGAAUUCACCUUGGUUUGCAGCUCCGGGUGCUGUUUUACAUUUUGGCCUUUUUUGUAUGGAUUCUUUGCCAAGACUUAGAGCCGAAUGUAUUUCUUGGCUUUUUCAUUAUGGCGUUUAA